AUGAGUGAUCAGAAGACCCAGGAACCAAAGGCCUUCGUGGUCGAGCAUCUGGAUCCAGAGCUGGGGCCAUGGUCGGCCCUGGAGUACGCCGCCAUCGCGCGCGAAUCCCAUGCCGGCGGUGCUCGCUUCCUGCUCAGCUCCGUGCCCGCCCAGCUGCAGAUGCCCGCCGACCUGGCCGCCACUAAGGGCUUGGAGGUCGAGCAGCGCAGCGUCGAGGAUAUUUUUGCGGACCGCAAGGAGAAGGUGUGUUUGCUGGAUCCCUCAGCGGCCACCGAGUUGAGCCCGGAGGAUGGCGAGACCUUUGACGUCUUUCUGUUUGGUGGCAUUCUGGGUGAUGAUCCGCCCCGAGACCGCACCUCUGAACUGCGGAAAAAGGGCUACGUCGGCCGCCGACUCGGGCCCAAGCAGAUGACGACGGAUACCGCCGUGCGAGUGACGCGCAUGGUGGUGCACGAGCGAGUGCCCCUCGAACAGAUUGCCUACGUGGACUACCCCGAAAUUCUGAUUAACGAGCACGAGCGCACGGAAAUGCCCUUCCGCUACGUGAAAGAUGCCCAGGGCGAGCCAAUCAUGCCCGAUGGGAUGGUGGAUCUGAUUAAGAAGGAUGCCGACAAGGGUGUCGGUGAUCUUUUCUGA